GAAACAGUCAACAGAUAAGAGCCCUCCAAAAAACAGCGAGAGCAGCUUUGGCUGGAGCGAACACGCGCCUCCCAUCGUCCGCCGGCCGAAGAAGCACGCCGGAAGAGCAAACAAACGAGCCAGAUUCCGAAAAUUCCACUCCACCACCGCGUCCCCAAUCCAAUCACACGGCGGACCAGCCACGCUGCACCGCAGCGCCAUGGCCUUGGCGACGCCGCUCCGCCACCUGCUCUCCGCGGCGGCGCAGCCCGCGGCAGCAAGCCCCCACGACCCCGCCGCCGGAACCGCCCUGACUCCGCGCGCCUUCGCUCCCCACCGCGGCGGGCGCCUACGGUCCAUGGCUUCCGUGCCCCCUUCUCCGUCGGCGCCCGCGGGGCCGGCCAGGGCGAGGGUCGGGGCGGCUAGGGCGGCGGCGGCGGGGGGAAGGCCGACGGUGCUGGUGACGGAGAAGCUGGGCGCCGCGGGGCUGGAGCUGCUGCGGUCGUUCGCGAACGUGGACUGCGCUUACGAGCUCACGGCGGAGGAGCUCCGCGCCAAGGUGUCGCUGGUGGACGCGCUGGUGGUGCGCAGCGCGACGCGGGUCACGCGGGAGGUGUUCGAGGCGGCGCGCGGCCGGCUCCGGGUCGUGGGCCGGGCGGGCGUCGGCAUCGACAACGUCGACCUCCAGGCCGCCACCGAGGCCGGGUGCCUCGUCGUCAACGCCCCCACCGCCAACACCGUCGCCGCCGCCGAGCACGCCAUCGCGCUCCUCGCCGCCAUGGCGCGCAACGUCGCGCAGGCCGACGCGUCGCUCAAGGCCGGCAAAUGGCAGCGCAGCAAAUAUGUUGGCGUGUCCUUGGUUGGGAAGACACUAGCUAUUAUGGGCUUUGGAAAGGUUGGCUCAGAAGUAGCUCGACGUGCAAAGGGACUUGGGAUGGAUAUCAUUGCUCAUGACCCAUAUGCUCCCAUUGAUAGAGCCCGGGCUAUUGGUGUAGAUCUUGUAUCAUUUGAAGAGGCCAUUUCUAGUGCAGACUUCAUAUCGCUGCAUAUGCCUCUUACACCAUCAACAACAAAACUUUUCAAUGAUGAGACUUUUGCAAAAAUGACAAAAGGAGUUAGGAUUAUUAAUGUCGCAAGGGGUGGAGUGGUUGAUGAAGAAGCAUUGCUGAGAGCACUCGAUAACGGGACUGUUGCACAGGCGGCGCUUGAUGUCUUUUUUGAAGAGCCACCGCCGAAAGACAGUAAGUUAGUACACCAUGAAAAUGUCACUGUCACACCGCACCUUGGAGCUAGCACAACAGAAGCACAGGAAGGUGUCGCCCUUGAGAUUGCGGAGGCUGUAAUUGGUGCAUUGAAAGGUGAACUGGCUGCUACUGCUGUUAAUGCCCCAAUGGUCCUUCCUGAGGUUUUAUCUGAGUUAGCCCCGUAUGUUGUCCUUGCUGAGAAGUUGGGUCGGCUUGCCGUGCAACUCGUGGCUGGUGGAAGUGGGAUUAAGGGAGUCAAGGUCGUUUAUUCAUCUGCUAGGGAUCCAGAUGACUUGGACACAAUGAUUCUUCGUGCUAUGAUUACCAAAGGCAUCGUUGAACCCAUUUCGAGUGCAUUUGUUAACAUUGUCAAUGCGGACUAUGUCGCCAGGCAGAGAGGACUUCGCAUAAUUGAGGAGAGAAUUCUCCUUGAUGGUUCACCAGAGAUCCCCAUAAACUCCAUCCAGGUCCAGCUUUCCAAUGUGGAGUCCAAGUUUGCCGGCGCACUAUCCGACGACGGUGACAUCAGAGUGGAGGGGAAGGUUAAGGAUGGCGCCCCGCAUCUCACCCUUGUCGGGCCAUUCAGUGUGGAUGUUAGCCUUGAGGGCAACCUAAUACUGUGCCGCCAAGUCGACCAGCCGGGCAUCAUUGGCAAGGUGGGAUCGAUUCUGGGGAAGAUGAAUACAAAUGUGAAUUUUAUGAGCGUGGGAAGGAUUGCUCCAGGAAAGCAGGCCAUAAUGGCCAUUGGUGUCGACGAGGAGCCUGAGAAGGAAGCUCUCAAGUUGAUUGGGGAGACACCAUUGGUUCAGGAGUUUGUCUUUCUUAAACUUUAGAGCAGUAGGCAACUGAAGCAAUGCUAUCAAGAUCCAUAUAUGACCAGUGGAGGCGGCAGAAAAUACAGACUUGGCAUGUGGGGCUAUAUGAUAGUACUAAGCCCACAAUGUCCAAUAUACGGGAGCAGUAGUUUGUCACGUGGUGAUAUUAGUAAUUUAGUGUUACCAUGUUGUCCUAUGCAGCUCUUAUAUGCUUGCUUUUUGUAUGUACUGCUGCUUCUGCAAGACCCAAUCUAGUGUUUACCUCGUUGGACUGGUGCCGGUCUAAAUUUCUCAAUUCUAGAUUGGUAUUUGUCACUCCAGAUUUAAUGGUUUAUAUCGUUUCUGGGUCUGUGUGCAAACUUGAUUGUUUGGUGCUGCUGCUACCA